UGUGUGGGUGGGGGAGAGGUUUCCAGGAGGAAUUGGAAAAUAUCUGAAUCCACGAGGGGCCCACCCUUAGGGGAAUAAGGACACCUGUGUUCCUGAGUGUGAAGAAGCAGAAUGCCUGUUUCCCCUCCUCCCCACUUCCCACCCCAGCUCUAGGAGCUAGCAAGCAUUAGCUGGCACUGAAUGCUACUUUUCUCAGUGAGGCCCCAGGCUGGAAGAAUAUAAAGGCAGAAAAGUUGUUGAAGGAUCAAACAUAAUUGCUUCAGGGAGUUGCUGGGGUGGGUGGUUUGUGGGGUUAGGGAGGCCUGAAGGCCCAAGGCUGGGGAAGGUGCGAGGAUCCAGGGCUCUCAGUGGACCCCUGAGGGGUAUGAAGUUGAAGGGCAGGAAAGGGACACCUUACCCGCCCCAUUCCGGAGAUUCUUCUUUCAUUCUUCGGGCAUCUCUGGGCUUUUGAGUCUCUUGGGCUCCAUCUUUGUCUCUGAGGGACAUUUAUUGAGCACCCACAGUGUACCAGGCUCUGAGAAUUUUGAGAUGGGCAGGUCUUCACAGAGAUAAAUCACUUUCUUUCUUUCUCUGUGCUUCUUCCGGUCUCUGUUCCUCUCUCUGUCCCCAGAUCCAGGGACCUGGGAGCACCUUCCCCCCCCCUUUUUCAGGUUCCCUGUAGUGAGGUGUUCGUUGCCAUGGUAACAAUGACACAGUGACCUUGGGCCUGGGCUGCCCCUCCCUCCUGGGGGAGGGUCUACAAGCCCAGCUCCAACCCCUCCCCAACCUUCCCCGCCAGAACACACCAUUCCCUCACCACUCGGCUCUGCCCAUCCCUUACCCUCUUGUCCCCUGUCUGGACAAGCCCUUUGCGUAGAGAAAUCGCACACACCCAUGCCCCACCCUCGCCAGUAUUUGUAGGGGCGGGAUUUGAGCUUCCCUCUGACACCUGUCCUGGUGCCCUCCCCACCCCAUCUCUGCCAGGCACACCUCUACUUCUCCCUGUGAUCACAGCCUCGGUCUCUGAAGGCUAGAGAUAGAAGAAGAGGAAGGCUGGGGAUAGGAGAGGUCGUUCAAUUAAGAGGUCAAGCAACCGCCCGCCUGCAGAGGUACCGGCCCAGGCCCUGACUCCCUGCAGAGAGGUGAGUGGGGUCCUUCAGGCUGGGGAGAGAGAUGUGGAGUGAUUGGGCCUGUUCUGAGCCAGCUGGAGGCCUGAAGCCCUGCCUGAUGAGCACACUGAGGCACAAAGAGAGGAUGUCACCCGAUUAAAGUCACGCAGCCAGGAACUGGGGUAUGAGCCCCAGCCAUCAGGUCCCAGUUUUUCCCUGCGACAUUGCACUGUCUCUCAAUAAAUGUCAGCUAUUUCCAUUGCUGUUAUUAUUCCUUCAACUUGAGUCCCACCCGAGCUGUGGGAGGCCAAGCAAGUGCAGAGCUGGGCCUCCGAACUCAGGAGCUCCACCUCUCAGGCCAGGGUUUUCCAUCUGAGACAGAGCAGUCUGCCAGGCGAAGCGCAAGACCAGUGAAUGGGGGAUGCUUAGAGAUACGGUGUGGGACGCCCUGACUCUGCCUCUUGUCCUCUCUCCAGCCCAGGCACUGGCUCUCCACCUCUAUCUCUUUCUGUCUCCGUCUUGGUCUCUCUCUAUAGUGUCUUAGGAUCUCCUCCUGCCUCUUCUGGCUCACUCUUCCUCUCUUCAUCUCUUGAUCUCAGUGCCCUUCUCUGUGUCUCCUCCUCUGUUCUUUGGUCUCUCUUGGCUUAAGGCUGGCUCCUUGCCUCUGCACUUUUCUUUCAGAUUCUUUCUCCUUUCCUUUCCUUUUAUUUAUUUACUUACUUGUUUACUUAUCUUUGUAAGCGUUUGGCACAAUGUGGGGCUUGAACUCAGUGCGAUGAGAUCAAGAGUCACCUGCUCUGCUGACAUAAACCCACCAAGUGCCCCUCAGAUUCUUUCUCUUUUUGUCCCUUUCUCUCUCUCUCUCUCCCUCUCAGACUCUGUCUCUCUCUUUCUGCCAGUCCAUCCCCCCCACCCCACCCCCACUUGUCUUUCCCUGUCUCUUCACCUCUCUCUCUCUCUGACUGUCUUGGUCCCCCUCCCCACAAGCUGAAGGAUCUAGGGCCACAGCAGGCCACAGCCCCAAACUGCAGAUUCCUAGGAGGUGGGCCAGCAGAGACUGGGUGCGGGGUGGGGUGAAAAAAGUUUCAGGGACGCCCCCUUCCCAUCCUUUCCUCUUCACCCCCCACCCACCCUGUGUUGUGAUGGGAGCUGACAUGUCGUGGGCUGCAGGCGCCGCAGGGGAAUCCCCGCCGGAAGGUUUUGCCUGGAGCAGAGGCAUAGUGUGAGUGUGUGAGAGUGCAUGUGAGUGUGGGCACGUAUGGGGCCUUGUAUGUGCCCACUGAUGUGAGCGUGAAAGCCUGCCCACUGCUUGGGAGCUCAUCAGGGCCCAGGAUGAAACCAGGUUCAGAGAAGGACUUCCCAAGGCUGAGCAGGAAGACGUGUGUUUUUCUUAGCCCCUCCUACUUUCAGAUUCUCUUGGCCACUCCCACGGGUGUGUGUGUGUUGGGGGGGGGGUUACCCUUAACAUUUAUUGAAUAUUUACUGUGUGGCAGGCCCUGUGCUCUGCAGAGGCAGAGUGUGGCCCCCCUGAAUGAGCCCACGGAACCCUUGCAACAACCCACUGAAGAUGGUACGAUGAUCAGCCCAUUUUACAAAUCAGGAAAAUAUGGCCUAGGUUAGGGGAAAUUAUUAGUUUGGGGUUACAGAGCUAGCAAGUGGGGGAGCCAGGACUUGAACCUGAGUCUGUUUGAUUUCGGAGCACUUACUCUUAAUAACAGUGCACACUGCUAUGCCUGGCACAUACCGGGCACUCGAUCGUGAUGAUAACAAUCACCUACAUGUUGAACACAUUUUAUGUGACAGGCAUGGUUCUCAGUACAUUAUGCCCGUUAAUCCAUUUAAUCCUCACAGAGGUAAGGCCUGUUUUUAUCUCCAUUUUACAGAUGAAGAAACCGAGAUUCAGAGAGGUUCAGACACUUGCCCGAAGUCACACAGCUAGUCUCACGCCCCACUCCUCCCGCCUUCCCCCUGCACCAUGGCUCCGGGCCCCUUCUCCUCGGCGCUCCUCUCGCCGCCGCCCGCCGCCCUGCCUUUUCUGCUGCUGCUCUGGGCUGGGGCAUCUCGCGGUCAGCCCUGCCCCGGACGCUGCAUCUGCCAGAACGUGGCGCCCACGCUGACCAUGCUGUGCGCCAAGACCGGCCUGCUCUUCGUGCCGCCGGCCAUCGACCGGCGCGUGGUGGAGCUGCGGCUCACUGACAACUUCAUCGCGGCCGUCCGCCGCAGAGACUUCGCCAACAUGACCAGCCUGGUGCACCUCACCCUGUCCCGGAACACCAUCGGCCAGGUGGCCGCCGGCGCCUUUGCCGACCUCCGCGCCCUCCGCGCCCUUCACCUCGACAGCAACCGCCUGGCCGAGGUGCGUGGCGACCAGCUCCGCGGCUUGGGCAACCUCCGCCACCUGAUCCUUGGCAACAACCAGAUCCGCCGGGUGGAGUCCGCCGCCUUCGAUGCCUUCCUGUCCACAGUGGAGGACCUGGAUCUGUCCUACAACAACCUCGAGGCCCUGCCGUGGGAGGCGGUGGGCCAGAUGGUGAACCUGAACACCCUCACGCUGGACCACAAUCUCAUCGACCACAUCGCCGAAGGUACCUUCGUGCAGCUGCACAAACUGGUUCGCCUGGACAUGACCUCCAACCGCCUCCAUAAACUGCCCCCUGAUGGGCUCUUCCUGCGGUCCCAGGGCUCGGGGCCAAAGCCGCCCACGCCGCUCACGGUCAGCUUCGGCGGCAACCCCCUGCACUGCAACUGCGAGCUGCUCUGGCUGCGGCGGCUGACCCGGGAGGACGACCUGGAGACGUGCGCCACCCCCGAGCACCUCACCGACCGCUACUUCUGGUCCAUCCCGGAGGAGGAGUUCCUGUGUGAACCCCCGCUGAUCACGCGGCAGGCGGGGGGCCGGGCUCUGGUGGUGGAGGGCCAGGCGGUCAGCCUGCGGUGCCGUGCUGUGGGGGACCCCGAGCCCGUGGUGCACUGGGUAGCACCCGACGGCCGGUUGCUGGGGAACUCGACCCGGACCCGGGUGCGGGGGGAUGGGACGCUGGAUGUAACCAUCACCACCUUAAGGGACAGCGGCACCUUCACCUGCAUCGCCUCCAACGCCGCCGGGGAAGCCACGGCACCCGUGGAGGUGUGCGUGGUGCCCCUGCCUCUGAUGGCGCCGCCGCCGGCCGCCCCGCCGCCCCUCACUGAGCCUGGCUCCUCUGACAUCGCCACGCCCGGCCGCCCUGGUGCCAACGAAUCGGCCGCUGAGCGCCGGCUCGUGGCGGCUGAGCUCACCUCGAACUCGGUGCUCAUCCGCUGGCCCGCCCAGAGGCCUGUGCCCGGCAUCCGCAUGUACCAGGUCCAGUACAACAGCUCCGCGGAUGACUCCCUUGUCUACAGGAUGAUCCCAUCCACCAGUCAGACCUUCCUGGUGAAUGAUCUGGCAGCAGGCCGCGCCUACGAUCUGUGCGUGCUGGCUGUCUACGACGACGGGGCCACGGCACUGCCGGCCACGCGAGUGGUGGGCUGCGUGCAGUUUACCACAGCUGGGGAUCCCGCGCCCUGCCGCCCACUGAGGGCCCAUUUCUUGGGUGGCACGAUGAUCAUCGCCAUCGGGGGCGUCAUCGUCGCAUCGGUCCUCGUCUUCAUCGUUCUGCUCAUGAUCCGUUAUAAGGUCUAUGGCGACGGGGACAGCCGCCGCGUCAAGGGUACCUCCAGGUCGCCGCCGCGCGUCAGCCACGUGUGCUCGCAGACCAACGGCGCAGGCGCACCGCAGGCCCCGCCCCCGCCGGCGCAAGACCGUUAUGAGGCGCUGCGUGAAGUGGCGUCCCCCGCUGCUGCUGCUGCCGUGGCGGUCGAAGCCAAGGCCACCGCGGCCGAGACGGCUUCCGCGGAGCCGGAGACCGUCCUUGGACGCUCCCUGGGCGGCUCGGCGACCUCGCUGUGCCUGCUGCCGUCUGAGGAAACCUCUGGGGAGGAGUCUCGGGCCGCGGCGGGCCCUCGGAGGAGCCGUUCCGGGGCCCUGGGGCCACCAGCUUCGGCGCCUCCCACUCUAGCUCUGGUUCCUGGGGGGGCCCCGGCCCGGCCGAGGCCGCAGCAGCGCUAUUCGUUCGACGGGGACUACGGGGCGCUCUUCCAGAGCCACAGUUACCCGCGCCGCGCCCGGCGGACAAAGCGCCACCGGUCCACGCCGCACCUGGACGGGGCCGGAGGGGGCGCGGCCGGGGAGGACGGAGACCUGGGGCUGGGCUCCGCCAGGGCACGCCUGGCCUUUACCAGCACCGAGUGGAUGCUGGAGAGUACCGUGUGAGCGGCGGGCGGGCGCCGGGACGCCUGGGUGCAGCGGACAAACGCCCAGCCGCCCGGACGCUGGGGCAGGACUCCGGGGAGAAAGCGCGGCGCCUAGUCCUCGGACUAGAGGCGGAGACUCGCCCAUCUCUUCUCCGGAGAGGGCGGGGCUGCCUCGUCUGCGGCUCUUGGCCACGCCCCCGGGCCAGGGGGAGUUAGGGGGCGGGCAGCCGGGCCCCCCUCCUCCACGGACUCCUUGCCCCCACUCCUGACCCUCCCCCCGCGCGCUCGCGGACCUCGCUGGAGCCGGUGCCUUACACAGCGAAGCGCGGGGAGGGGCAGGGCCCCCCCGACACUGCAGCACUGAGACACGAGCCCCUUCCCCCCGCCCGGGACCUGGGGCAGGGGCGAGGGGCCUAUUUCUUGUAUCUGGCUGGACUAGAUCCUAUUCUGUCCCGCGGCGGCCUCCAAGCCCCCCCCCCCAUUCACCUCCCUGGUCCCAUCGGGUCUGGCUUGGGGUCCCACUUUCUCUGUUCCCUUUGUCUCUGUCCCGCCCUCUGUCGUCUUUGUCUUACGUGUCUGUCCUUCCCUAUUUGUCUCUCCUUUCUCUGUCCUGUCGUCUCUUCUCCCUCUGCCCUCCCAUUUCUUGUCCAGUCUCCCCAUCUCUCCCGAUUACCUCUUCCCUACACAUUCUCCCGGGCAGGUCCCACUGGAAGGACCAGACUCUCCCCUAUUCCCAAAUAAAUCCCCACAUGAACAAAAUCCAAAACCAAAUCCCCCCUCCCUGCCGGAGCCGGGACCCUCCGCCGCAGCAGAAUUAAACUUUUUUCUGUGUCUGAG